CUGCUGGGCUGAGGUUCCGUGAGCCCGUGUUCAUCUAGAACGCUGGGUGGUAUUGAGCUGAGUUCACAUGCAGCCUGGCCGUUUACCAACCGUGUGACCCUGGGAUGAUAAGUCAGUUCAUCCGUGCCAUGGGGACAGUAACCGCAUCUCCCCUGGAGUGCAGGAAGUAUGUGGUCCAGCCUGAAUGAGUGGCUAUGGCAGGAGAGGUUCUGGCUACCACCCAACAACUCAUGGGCUGUACUGGAGGACCGCGAUGGCCUGGUCUACGCCCACCCCCGGGACAUGCUGAUGGCCCUGCCCCUGGCUCUGGCCCUGGUGGCCGUGCGCUUCACCUUCGAGAGAUUCAUAGGCCUGCCCCUGAGCCGGUGGCUGGGUGUGCGGAACCAGACCAGGAGGCCGGUGAAGCCCAAUGCCACGCUGGAGAAACACUUCCUUAUGGAAGGGCAGAGACCCACAGAGCCCCAGAUGAGCCUCCUGGCGACCCAGUGUGGGCUCACCCUGCGACAGACCCAACACUGGUUCCGGAGACGCCGGAACCAGGACCGGCCCUGCCUGACCAAGAAGUUCUGUGAGGCCAGCUGGAGGCUCGCCUUCUAUCUGUGCUCCUUCCUCGGUGGAAUCUCGGUUCUUUACCACGAAUCGUGGCUGUGGACGCCGGUAAUGUGCUGGGACAGUUACCCACAGCAGCCCCUGAAGCCGGCCCUGUACCACUGGUAUCUCCUGGAGCUGAGUUUCUACGUCUCUCUGCUGAUCACGCUGCCCUUCGACACCAAGCGCAAGGAUUUCAAGGAGCAGGUGGCACAUCACUUUGUGACCAUCACCCUGAUCGUCUUCUCCUACAGCACGAAUCUGCUGCGCAUCGGCUCUCUGGUGCUGCUAUUGCACGACUCCUCCGACUACCUGCUGGAGGCCUGUAAGUUGUUCAACUACACGCACUGGCGGCGCGUGUGCGACGCUCUCUUCAUCAUCUUCUCGUUGGUCUUCUUCUACACUCGCCUCGUGCUCUUCCCCACCCAGAUCCUCUAUACCACAUACUACGAGUCCAUUGCCAACUCGGGCCCCUUCUUCGGCUACUACUUUUUCAACGUGCUUCUGAUGACGCUACAGCUGCUGCACGUGUUCUGGUCUUGCCUUAUCCUUCGCAUGAUCUACAGCUUCAUAAAGAAAGGCCAGAUGGAGAAGGAUGUUCGCAGCGACGUGGAAGAGUCAGACUCCAGCGAUGGGGAGGCAGCCCAGGAGUACCCGCAGCUGAAGAACAGGGCGGCUCACCGGCCCGGAGCAGCCCCCACCGAUGGCCCUCGGAGCCGGGCAGCCAGGCGGAUGGCCAAUGGGCACACACCAGCCACGUAGCCGGCCGAGGACUGACCACAAGGGGCUGCCCCAGCACCCGGCAGCUCGGAUUCGUGGGGCGGCUGGACUGGGGACCCUUGGGCCGAUUCUGUGGAGACAGGGAGGGCCCCACCCCAGGGGCAGAUGAUCUGUCUCCAGCCCCUUCCUUCUGCCCACCCUCCCUCCUUCCCUCAGGCAAAUGGACAGAGCUGCGGCCGGGGGAGAGAGGGGUACAGGCAGCCCGGCAACUGUGAAGAGCCCCAGGCUGAAAGGGGGUCCAAUAAAACUUGACCGGAGCCAACUUCUCUGCCUGAGAGCUUGUGUCCCUGUCACAGCUCCUCAUCCAUCCCCAGAGGCCCCAAGGCAGCCAGGACUUACAUACCUCACCAAUGGGUCACUCACUGCCACCCCAAGACACAGGCCCACCCCCAGGGGACCCAGACAGUGAGCAGCGCGUGGGGACCCCCUGGGGUGAGUCCCCGCCUCCCAGCAGAGCCUCAGCCAAGCUACCUCCUUCCACCCCAGGGCAGCCCUUGGUCAGCUACUCACAGACCUUGCGUACAGAUGAGCAGGUGCUGGGCUCAGACAGGUGGAGUCCUUUGCCCAAAGUCACACAGGUCCAAACAGAAGGGCGAAGGGGAGACUCACACCUGUUCCUGCAGCCCCUGCUCAAGCCUGGCAGAUCCCCGUCCUCAAGGUCCCCAGGACCUCCCUGGAGACAGUGAAAUAGGACUUCGUGGGAGGGCAACUUCCUGCAGGCUUCCCAAGGGUUCAGCCGGCUGAUUUCACUGUCUCCUCAGGAGCUCUGCAGGAGGGUGCCCCCCACACACACCCCAGAAAUCACUGCCACAAGGUCCCACGCAGGGCCAGAAUGUGCUGCCUUCAGGGGAACACCAGAGACAGGAGUCGGAGAAGAGAGAGAAAGGGUGGGGGGACGGGUCUCACCUUCUGUGCUUCUCAACAGAGGAGAGGAUGGGAGUGGGGAGAGAUGGCAGAGAGGAGAAAGGUCCC